GCUUACGUGGAUAAACCCACACACACACACACCCUUCUCCUUCCCCGCUUCUUUUUCUCAGAACACACCCACCCUAGCCAUCAGCCACCACCACCAGCACCCCUUCAUUUUCAUUUUCCGGCGAAACCAACAAGUCACAGCCGCCCGGAAUUCCUUUGCCCGUGAUUUUUGGGUGUGGAUAGAAGUGAAGUUUCCUUAAAGAACAAGGUGAAUCAAUAUCAAUGGCAUACAGACGAAAUCUCAUUUCAAGAACCAAACUUUUUGGUCAACAAAGAUCAAUCACACCUUCAAUUUCACAUUUUAAUCAUCGUAAUGAUGAAGAAAGUAAUACCCAUUUACCCAAUGAAAAAAAGUUGUGUGCUUUUACUGGAUUUAGAUCUUAUAGUAAUGGGUUAGGAUUCGGGGGUAGUGGUGUGGGUUUUCGGGAUACGAGAUGGUGUCGAGACGUACCAAUGGGGACGAUAAGUGGGUUUUUGUCGGCUAGAAAUAUGUCAAGUAGUAUCGGUGAUGGAGUUAAAGAAGGAGUUGCAGAUAAGUUUGAGUAUAUUGAUGAGUUGGCUGAAUUUUUGUCUGAUAAAGCUACGGAAGUUGUGACGAAGACGACUGAAGCAGCCCCUGCUAUUAGUGAAGUUGCUGUUGCUGCUGCGGAUUCUUGGCCACCCGUUGCAGCUUUGCAGUAUGCUAUUGAUGGGAUUCAUACCUUUACCGGCCUUAACUGGUGGGCAAGCAUAGUAAUUACCACUCUCAUUAUCAGAACCUUGUCAAUUCCAAUCUUGAUCAAUCAGCUUAAAGCAACUACAAAGUUAACUAUUUUGAGACCAGAAUUGGAGCAGAUUAAGCAAGAGAUGCAAGAUAAGGGCAUGAGCCCGUCAGCUGUAUCUGAAGGUCAGGCAAAAAUGAAGAGGGUAUUCUCAGAACAUGGUGUUAGUACCUUCACUCCACUUAAGGGGCUCCUCAUUCAAGGCCCGGUUUUUGUCAGUUUUUUUCUUGCGAUUCGGAACAUGGUGGAUAAGGUUCCAUCUUUCCAAACUGGUGGGGUGUCUUGGUUCACAGAUCUUACCACUGCCGAUCCUUUCUACUUACUUCCUUGUUUGACUGCAUUUACAUUUUGGAUAACUGUGGAGUGUAACAUGCAGGAAGGAUUGGAAGGCAAUCCUGCUGCUGGCACCAUGAAAAAUGUCUCGAGAGCUUUUGCUGCUCUUACAGUUCCCUUGACUGCUACCUUCCCGAAGGCUCUCUUUUGUUAUUGGAUCACCUCCAACUUGUUCUCCCUUGUAUAUGGACUUGUAAUAAAACAAGAGUCUGUGAAGAAGUUCUUGAACAUACCCAUAAUAGUACCUCCUCUGCUAGCCAUUGGUGAGUCCAGGCCACCCGUCUCCUUCUGGGAUUCAAUGAAAAAGUACGCUGCUGCAAAAGCAAUGGAACAACAAAAAUCAGGAAAUUCAGAGCCAUCACUCAUAAGUAGACUUUUUUAUCCAUCACGACUUCGCGACGGGAAUACAUCUUCAGAAGAAAAGCCUAAAAAUAUUAUAUCAUCAGCUGCUGUUAGCCAUAGGAUAAAAAAUUUAGAGAAACAAGCCAAAGGAAGAAAGAAGAACAAGAGGAGGUCAGUAUGAAAAGCGACUUUAAAGUUUAUGCAUUUGGAUCUUUUGAUCAUGCUGGGCAUCUACCAAAUAAUGUCCUACUGGAUAAAAGAAAUAGCAUACUUGUCAUAUUAUUUUAUAUUAUAGCUGGACACAUAAUGUUCGAGGUAAAUUUCAUGAUAUGGUUUACAAAAACACAUCUUCAUGAUUCUACCUCCAGCCAUUUUGUUUAUGUAACAUGUACUAUUUUUGUCUGUUAGAAGAGCGAGUUUUCGUUGUCAGUUGAGAUUAGAAACUUGUUAUAGCCAAUAAUGUAUGACAUUAACAACAUAAGCUUAGCUUACUAGUUUUUUAUCUGACAUUUGUUGGUGUAACUACAUAUUAAGUUAUGACGCCAAGUGAUCCCUGUUCACGAUCCUGCAGGAACAGUUUUUUUAUCACGGUAAAAUUAUGUAUUAUUCUUUUAGAAGUUGUAAUGUUUAUGAGAA